AUGAAAAACUUGAUAAGAAGGAUAAGUAGGAAGAAGGAUCAAUCUUCAUCGAUGUCGCCGCCACGGUAUUCAAGGCUAGGUUGUGAGGAAAUGAACAACAAUCAUCCAAGACACGAAACUCGAAAAGGGUGUGUGCCUGUUAGAGUAGGUAAAUGUGAGGAAGACGAAGAGAGAUUUAUGUUGCCUCUUGGUUGGAUGAAGCAUCCUUGUAUAGUUGAUUUGCUUCAAUUAUCCGCUAAUGAAUUUGGGUAUCAUCAAGAAGGUGUUAUACAUAUUCCUUGUGAAACACAUCAUUUUAGACUUAUUUUGGAGAAUAUUUCUGCCAAAUAA